AUGUCCUACACAAGAAAUCGCAGCACAAAAGACACACACAAUGCACGCGACAAGGAAUUCGUGUUGGUCCAAUCACAAGCAGAUGCCGCUACCAGCGGUCUACGCAUCAUGAUUGGUCAAACACCCCCAAGGCCUAGGCCGUGUCUUCUCCAGCGCGUAUUGGGCGCGCAACUUUCGCAGGUUGUAAAGAAAGAAUUAAGAAUAACAACACCAAGGGGAUCUCCUCCCGGCGCGUCGGGCUCCCACCCGGAGUCAGCCAAUAGCGCCGCCAGUCUGGAUGAAAGACCACAUCCGUCCAGUGAUUGGUUGGCGACCUUGUUUUCCCAACCCUGA